AUGGCUCCUAACCCUUCUCGCGCAGCUGGGAAGCAACAGCAGCAGCAACGCACUAAUUCUUCGCCACGUGUUAAGACAUCUCCACGCACGUCACUGCGCAACCGGUCGCUCCUGCAAUUCUUCCGCCCGUUGCCUUCCCCCGCCGCGCAGCCCCGCGCGGAUCCUUGUCUUGCGCGCGCCAAGGCGGAAUGCGGAACCGGGGUGGCCGAAGUUAGCUUUCAAAAACUCGAAUUUUCCUGCGAGACGAGAGGGGGAGAGCUCGCGGGAAGGGAUCUGCGGGGAGAAUACGCGGAACUGGGCAGGGGAGCGCGGAAGAAGGCAGAUUGCGCGGGGAGAGGUUGCACACAGGCAGGCGCGGGUAGGGAAUUGGGGGAGGGACUUUGCGCGGAUGACUAUGGCGGAGGCAAGCUGCGCGGAAGGGGGGGGGAGGAAGACGAUUUAGCGGAGAUGAAUCCGAUGUCGACGAGGCGCGUCAGGGCGAGACUCUCUCUAGAGAUGUCCUUAAAACUAGAUGUUGUUGAGUCGAAGGGCAUGGACGGUGAGGCGGGAGGCGCGGGGGCGGCGGAGGAUGGCUGCUCGCGUAACAUUUUUCGUGAAAGGGGGAGAGUGGGGGGAACAUAUGGGGGGGAAGGGGAAGUGCGAGGGGGUGAGAUGGGGGUGCAGGGGAAGGGAGAGUGGAGUUUUGGCUGUUUGGUCAGGGAGAGGCUGGGGUUGAAGGGGGAAGGGGGAGAUGCGGAAAGGGGAGAGGGUGGGAAAGUGAGCGUGGGGGGAGAGGGUGACGGAGAGGGGAGUGAAGGGUUGAGGAGGGGCAUGAGCGGAGUGAGAGUGGUGCGUGGGAUGACGGAUGUAGAUGGAUGGGGAUGGUGCGACGGUGGAGGAGGAAAGGAGGGCGUGGGAGAGGAGGAGGCGGAGGAACUCAAGGAUAGAGAGCGGUGGGAGGGGAUGAAGGGCGGUGUGGUGGGGGAAGUGGAGAAGUCGAACGCAGAUGAAGCAGAGGCGAGGGAUGAAGCAGAGGCGAGAGAUGAAGCAGAGGAGGAGCAUGCAGCGUGCGAGUUGGGCCUACUAGGGUACUCUGACUGGUCUGCCACCUCUGCCACAGUCCGCAUUCGCACUGCUGCCACGCUCCUGCCCCCGGGCACAGCCACUCUGGCACGCCUCUGGGGGAGGGCUGCUUGUGGAGGGGAAGGAGGAGGGAGUGAGACGGUUGCAGGGAGUGUGGGGAGAAGAGGGAGUGGGAUGGGUGCAGGGGUGGAGGGGGGAGGAGGGAGUGAGGGAGUCGGGCGAUGGAAAGCAAGUGGGGAGGGUAUUGGGAAGGCGAGUGGUAUGAUGAGUGGGAUGGCAAGUGAGGGGGCGAGUGGGAAGGUGGUGAGAGUGGAUAGUGUGGUGAGCAUGGAUAGUGCCAGCAGCAGCAGCCGUGUUUUGCGGCAGCGAGGCAUUGCCGCCUUCUUUGGCGGCAAAGGGCCCAUGGUGGUGCAGGAGGAGGAGGGGAAGCAGGGCAGGAAGGGGAGGGCGGCACUGGGAAAGGGGAGAGGAGGAGGGAGGGGUUGGUGGGGAGAGGAGCUUCGUGAGAAUGAGAGUGAGAGUCCGGGUGGGGACAAGGCAGGUGGGACCGAUAAAGUGGGCGAGAGGAUGGGUGUAGUGAAUGGGUUUGCGGAUGGGGAGGAGCAGGCAAGGGAAGCAGAGGAGGAUGCUGAUGAUGCUGAUGCUGAUGGUGCUGGUGAUGAAGGCACUCCUGUAGAGGAUGGGCAGAAGAGCUUGAUAGCAGCUGCUGCUGCUGCACCCACCGCUGCUGCAUCCUCGCGCUCUCGCCCUUCCUCCCACUGGUCCUCUCAAACUCCGCGCCCAUGCCCCUUCUACAAGAAGAUUCCUGGAACGCCGUUUGCAGUGGAUGCGUUUUCAUACGGGCCAGUGCCGGGCGUGCAGCUCUACUUCCUCACGCACUUCCACAGCGACCACUACCGCGGGCUCUCCAAGCGCUGGCAGGGCGGCCCCAUCGUGUGCACGCCCGUCACUGCCCGCCUCGCCCACAUGUGCCUGGGGGUCGACCAGAGUCUGCUAAUCCCGAUCACCUUCAACACCACAGUCUAUCUACACGGCCAUGCAGUCACGCUGCUGCCAGCCAACCACUGCCCUGGCUCCGCACUCAUCCUCAUCCGCACCAACUCACCUCCUCCGCUGCCUCGCUCUCUCUCCUCUGCACCACCACCGCUGCACCAGCAGCAACAGGCGUGCACAUACCAGCAGCAGCAGCAGCAUGAAGCUUUCUUUUCUGCCUCCGCCUCUCCUCAUGGUUCCCUUCCCAGGCCUACUCUCCCAACCACACACCACCCCCCACCCGUUUCCCCUCUCCAACCCCACCCACCCUCCUAUCACACGCUCGUCCCCACACCCUCCGCCAUCUCUCCUCGCGCGUUCCUCUCCGCCACCAUUCUCCACACGGGGGACUUCAGAGCAUGUGACGCCAUGUGCACGUACCGCCACCUUUUCCCUGGUGCAGCUGUGGACCGCCUGUACCUUGACACCACCUACUGCCACCCGCGCUACACGUACCCUCACUUCACCCUCUUCUUCCCCCCCUUUACUCACCCUCUCUUCACCUGUGCAACACCGCCAUUCGCACCUCCGUCCCACCCUCCCUCUGCCCUGCUCUUCUCCCGCAGCUUCCCGGAUCAGCAGCAGGUGAUAGACUAUGCGGUGGCGGUGGCAGUGGCAGCGGACAAGGCGGAGAGGCGGGCAGGGGGCAGGGUGCUGUUCGUGGUGGGGGCAUACAGCAUCGGCAAGGAGCGCCUCUUUCUCGCUAUCGCCCAGGCGCUGCAGGAAAGCAUCUUCUGUCUGCCGCGGCACCAUCGGCUGCUGCACGCGCUGCAGUGGCCCACACUCUCUUCCCGCCUCACCCGUGACGCCGCCUCCUCCCCGCUGCACGUGCUGCCCCUGGGGCAGCUGCGCGCUCAACGCCUGCAUGAGUAUGUGUCCAACCAGAGAGGUUUCACCCGGGUUAUCGGCUUCCGACCCACAGCCCCAACACUACCGCAACGCUUCACUAUAUGGUGUACCUUACAGUGA